CUCGGACCAGCUAGUACAAUGUGCUACAUGCAUAAUAAUGUCCUUCUCUAGUUUCCGAAAUGCACCUGCAGUGUUCGCUAAUACGGUAUACUAGCAUGCGUCAAGGCGGGGUUUCUUACUCUCACGGGCGUGUGUGAAUCUGAUGUAUAUUUUUUGGAACUUCAGUCACAGGUUCCUUCGUUUCCCCGAGCUUCACAAAUAUUAAAAAUAGGUAAGUGCUCUCUCAAAAUCUCAUUCGACCUGUCAACACUCGCCCGCUGUCGCAUUAAAAUGCAGACUCUCUUCCAAAACAUGAUUCUUCCUUCAUUAACUGUGGCACAUCGCAGAUCUAUCAUUGUUGUAUUAAUCAUUGUGUCGUGUGUAUGUUAUUAUAUGACUAUCAGUCCAGAAGACGGCUACUCGUUUUCCAAAGUUUUAUCCACAGAACAGUCGAUGGACGAGACCCUGCUCGAUUUGGCUCCUCCAGCAGAGACUCUCAAACCAGAGUUACACACCUUUGGCAAUGUCAUUUCACACGACCCUUCCGCUCCUCACCGAGCCAAUGCUACGUUGAUGAUGCUGGCGCGUAACAGUUAUCUCGACGGUGUGGUAUGGAGUGUAGAACAAUUGGAGGCGAAAUUCAAUCACAAGUUCAACUAUCCCUGGGUGUUUUUGAGCGACGAACCCUUCUCUUACGAGUUCAAAAGGCGUGUCAAAGUGUUGACUGACGCGGAUGUAUCAUUUGGGCUCAUCCCUCGCGAAACCUGGGUGCAGCCGCCUUGGAUAGAUGAAGAACGAGCGCAGAAGGGACGCAAUAUGCUGACACAAGAAGGCAUAAUUUAUGGCGGCAGUGUUUCUUACCGUAAUAUGUGUCGGUUUAACUCAGGGUUCUUUUUCCACCAUGAGCUAUUAACGCCAUACAAGUGGUACUGGAGAGUAGAACCCGACGUGAGAUUUUACUGUGACAUUGAAUAUGACCCUUUUGUAUUCAUGGAAGAUCAUGACAAAAUUUAUGGCUUCACCAUCUCAAUGCCAGAACGGGAACCAACUAUAACCUCGCUGUGGUCCGUAGUGAAAGAAUUCAUCUCGGACCACCCCGAAUACGUGUCACCAAACAACUCAAUGGAUUUCAUAUCCGAUGAUGCGGGCGAUACUUACAACAUGUGUCACUUUUGGUCAAACUUUGAAAUUGCCGAUAUGGAUUUCUGGAGGGGCGAAGCUUACACAAAAUUCUUUAACCAUCUCGAGAACACAGGAGGAUUUUACUAUGAGAGAUGGGGAGAUGCACCUGUUCAUAGCAUCGCCGCAGCCUUAUUUACACGCAAGGAUCAACUACAUUUCUUUAAAGAUAUAGGUUAUAAAUACGCUGAAUUCGCUCACUGUCCCCAGGGUAGACAGUGGCGGGAAGGACACUGCUCAUGCAAUCCAAACGAUAACUUCGAUUUUGCGCAAAAGUCGUGCUUGAGACAUUUUUUGCGUCUGGACGAUUGGAUGUUCGGUUGAUUGAAGGCAUACACCACGAAUCGCACGAUGUACCAUGCGCUAGUUCUGCAGGACAAUCUAUCUAAGUCGUUUGACUAUCAACUGUCUCAUAUGCCGUACGUUUUCUGUAUUGUUACUUAGUCUCCUUAGUGGCUCUACUCUCUCAAGCUCGAUGAAAUAUGCAUGCUACGAUAGAGUAUU